GGAAAAUAUGAACAUUCGGGAGGUGCCAGAAUCCUGGAGUAGCUUGAUUACAGAUUUCCACCCCAGACCUACCCAAAUCAGCCUACGUGGCUUUCGCGCUGGCUUCGAGUGCCUUGCCGCUUCCCAUGGCCCGUCUACGAGAAGCGGAGGCAUUGAGGCAGUUCCUCCUCAGCAAAGGAGCCUUCCUGGAUCCGGCCCUCCGCCUGUCGCUGAGCGUCGGCUCGGGCCUGGAGGUGCGCGCAGGCCGGCGCUUCGCCAAGGGCGAGGUGGUGGCCGAGGUGCCGCGGCGCCUGGUCCUGGAGGCGCCUCUCGAGGCCGCGCCACACGCGGCGCCGGCGCUGCUGGCGGCAGCGCGCCGGGGCCACGGCCAGUGGUACGACGUGCUGGGCAGCGAGGAGGGCCGGUGGGCGGUCGCCAACUUGGCGCUGUCACUACUCCGGGCACGCGCAGAAGGCAACACCUCACCCUUCGGCGCUUACAUCGCGGCGCUGCCGCAUUGGCCGGAUUUGCCUACGCUGCACCCUCUGAGGCGGGUUUGGCCCCAGCGGUUGCUGGAGGCCUCGCCCAUGCUGGCGCGGCUGUAUGAGGAGGCCUCCGCCUGCAACCAGCGGGUCCUCAAGCUCCUGUCGGAAAAAGACCGGCGCUGGGCCUUGGCGGCGGUGGUGACCCGGAACUUUGCGCUCAAGGGCAACGGUCAGACGGCGUUGGGCAUGCUGCCCUUUAUCGAUUUCUUCAACCACUGCAGCCCACGGCCUCACCGCAUCGACUGGACCUGCUCCUUCCAGGCCGGGAUGUGUGGCCAUGGUGGCGGACCGUACCAUCUUACCCGAGGAGGCGCUGAGCUUCGUCUAUGCACCGGCGCCACCUGGGGCGCUGCUGGUGCAGUAUGGGAUCCCGCCUCUGGAGGAAACCUCUGCCUACGAGAUGGCAGGCUUGAUCGUGGCAGCCGGCUUGGGUUCCGGGCGCCAAACAACAAGCGUGCGGGUCUUGUUUGAAAGACGGGGCCGAAGCUCCCGGGAGGACGAAAGCCAACAGCAAAG